AUGGAAAAUCUCAAAAAACAGAAUCUUGCGCAGGCAGGAACUAAUUUUAUGGUACUUGGCUGCGGUGAUCGUAUAGAUUUAACAACUUGCAAAUUAUUAACUAAUGAUCAAUUAGGUGAAAUAACUGAAAGAUAUGGAAGUACUCGUGGUGAACAUGCUUAUAUUGAAACAGAUCAGGUUGUCGAAAUUGGUAGAGGAGGUUUCGGUGUAGUGAGUAAAGCAAAUUUGGCUAAUAUAGGAUUGGUCGCAUUGAAAAUUAUAAUAAGUAAAAAUUCAAAUGAACUUAAUGAAUCUAAUGAUGAUUUUGUCAAAGAGGUGGAAAUCGCAAUUAUUUUAUAG